AUGAGGAUAUGGAAGAUGAAUGGAAUGACGACGAUGCUGAAGAUGAUUGGGAAGAAGGGGGAUGGCAGUGACAUCGAUUGGGAAGCAGCCCAUCAAGGGUAUGUGGAAUCUUGCGAAGCAGCUGGGGUGGAUCCGGAAGUUUCGGAAGCGGAGCCGGAGAGCGAGUCCCAGCCGGUCCUCGGCAGUGCAUGUGGCAGCUGUCAUUGGCUUGAUGCGGAUGGGAACUGGCGCGUCGGGGACGUGCCGAAUGAUGAACUAUGGGAUGAGGCUACCGGCGGCACUAAGCAGGGCACCGAAAACCCCGGCGAAGAUAAGGAAUGGGACGAGACCGCCAAUCCCGAUGAGGAUGGGCAAUAUUGGGAUGGGCCGUGGGACGCCAAUCCCGAUGAUGAUGGGCAAUGGGCUAAAGAUCACGAUGACGAUGGGCAAAGGAGCGAAGAUCCCGAUGAGGAUGGGCAAUGGACCAAAGAUCACGAUGAAGAUGGGCAAACGGGUGAAGAUCACGAUGAAGAUGGGCAAUGGGACGAAGAUCAGGAUGAAGAUGGACAAUGGGCCGAAGAUCACGAUGAGAGCGGCAAGUUUUCCGCCGAUCAUGAUCAGCAGGGGGCCGCCGCGGUGCAGGAGGCCGCCAAUCCCGAUGAGGAUGAGCCUUGGCCCACGGAUCCGGAUGAGGGCGGCAAGUUUUCCGCCGAUCAUGAUCAGCAGUGGGCCGCCGACGUGCAGGACGCCGCCAAUCCCGAUGAGGAUGGGCCUUGGAGCGAGGAUCCGGAUGAAGGCGGCAUAUGUGCCGCUGCUUUGAACGAGGAUGGGCAGUGGGCCGAGGAUGGGCAGUGGCCCGCCGAUCCCGACGAGGAUGGGCAGUGGGCCGAGGAUGGGCAGUAUGCCGCGGAUCGCGAUGAAGGCCAGCAGUUGGCGGCCGAUGAUGAGGAUUGGGCAGCUGAUGAGAACGAUCCGCUUCCGGAGCAGCUGGACCAGGACGGCAUCGAUACGGAGCAGUGGCCCCAAGACGAUGCCACUGUCACCGGCUCGACAUGGAUAGAUUGGCCUAAAGCCCCGGCUUCCGUGUCCGCGGAGUACCCUAGCCAAUCCGAGCAAGCACGCCUGCAGUCCUGGUGGUCCAAGUAUAAAGUUCCCGGUGCUGGUCAGGAGUCUACAGCCGCCGACAAUGAAAAGGGUGCGAAUCCCGACGAGAUGCCCGAAAGCCUCGAGGACGGUGGUUUGAACGAUAUUGCCCACAACGAAAAGGAUGCGAACCCCGACGAGAUGCCCCAAAGCCUCGAGGACUUGGUUUUGCAGCUUGGCCAUGCGGCCUCGGACGAAGAUCGACUUGAGCUCUGUAAGAAGCUCAUGGACUCUCGGAAGCUUUAA